CCUUAAGAACUGUUCACUUUCAGCUGUCACGGACGGACGGUAACUCAGACCAGGCUUAGAAAUCACUUGAUUUAACUCAGCAGCACUUUUUAAAUUUUAUGUCUAUUACUCUAGCAGUCCUCUCUAAAUACCAGAGGCAUUAGAUUUCAUGUCAGCAGAUGAGUCAAAAAUUGCCAAAACGGUAAUUGGUUAGAAAUAGUUAUUUUGUAGCAUUUUACACUUAUCGAGGGUGGGGGGGGGACCUUCAAAAGUGCUUUGAAAUGAAAGAAGAAUUAAGUUGUGUUUUUACCCAAGCGAAUUGGCAUCUUUAUUUGUAGGGGAAGUUAUACUGGUAAAUAUUUAUUUCAAGAAUCAUGACUUGGAAGCGCUUGGAAGUUUAUUAGAGAGGUAAAUGUUUUACACUCACGGACAGGAUCUGCAUGUACCUCUGUGGCUCUGGGUGUCUGGUGAAGACCAUUUUAGGUGACUGACCAAGGGAAGGAAAUGCCUUAGUGAGACUGGAAUCACAGCCAUAUUGCCACCACCAUGUCUACCAUACAAAGAAAAGGCAGAAGCCACCUGUUUAACAGUUUGUACUCCUGUAAACUGAAGCUUCCGGAAGACCAGCGACAGCAAGAAAAAUCUGUCAUUGCUCAACCAAUAUUCAUUUUUGCAAAGAGAGAACAAACUUUUAAGAGACCUGCAGAAGACACCGCAUAUGAAGCAGCAGAGCAUGAAUGCAAUGGUUUUCUAAGAAAGCGUGUACGGUCUUCAUCUUUUACUUUGCAUACUACAGACCCUCAGUCCCAAGGAGUGAAGAAAAACAAUGUUUUUAUGAUAUCAACUCUUGUGCAAAGGAAUGUGGAUAUGAACAGUACAGAUCAAGGUCCUGUGAAACAUUCCGAACAUGUCCUAAGACCUGCUAUUUUGCAGCCACCUCAAGCUCAAAGGUGUGAAAAAGUAAGAAAAACAUUUGGACACAAUACCUUGGAAUCCUGCAAGACUAAGGAAAAAACAAAAAAUAAGAUUUCUGUGGGGAACUCUUCUUUGCUAAGUGAAAAUUUAUCAAGUGCCAGAAUUUCAGUCCAGCUGACUACUAACCAGAAUUGUUUAGGUGCUACAUCAGUAGGAUGUCAACCAAAUGAAGAUAAAUAUUCUUUUAAAAGCUGCAGUUCUGAUUUCGUGUUCGGAGAAAACAUGGUAGAAAGAGUUUUGGAUAUUCAACAUCUCACCCAACCUCAACUCGAAAAUGACUCAAACACCAGGGAAAAACCGUUCAAAUCCACUCUAGAAUUUCCUGUCAACUCUCCAAAUUCAAGCACAGACUCUAUUAAAAAUAUAUCCCUAAUUGAAUCAGCUGCUGCUUUCUCUUCUAAGCCAUCACCCAAAUGCUUGCUGGAGAAAAUUGAUGUUGUAACAGGGGAAGAAGCAGAGCAUAAUGUAUUAAAGAUCAACUGCAAGCUUUUUAUAUUCAACAAAACAACACAGUCCUGGAUUGAAAGGGGCAGAGGAGCUUUGAGGCUGAAUGACACAGCGAGCAGUGAUUGUGGAACAUUCCAGUCAAGACUAAUUAUGCGCAAUCAAGGCAGCCUGAGGCUGAUCCUCAAUAGCAAACUCUGGGCUCAAAUGGAGAUUCAAAGAGCGAACCACAAAAAUUUGCGAAUAACAGCUACUGAUUUAGAAGACUAUAGCAUCAAAGUGUUUUUAAUUCAGGCCAGCGCCCAAGACACAGGAUGUCUGUAUGCAGCAAUACAUCAUCGGCUCAUUGCACUUCGAAGCUUCGAUAAACAGGAAGAUGUAAAUCAAGCCGAAAGCCAGUCAGAACCAAGCCUCCGACAAUUAAACUGCGAAAGCUGUGAUGAGGAGGAGGAGGAUUUGGUCCAAGUCACGAAAAAUAGAUCAGAUGCUUCUAGGUGGACCCACAGACAGUCGGUUGCCUGUUCAUGAACGCUAUCUACUAUAAACGUGACAACAUCUACAAAAAGAUUGGUCAUCUUACUGAAAAUACUAAGCCAUCCUACAAAAUGAGAAGAUCCUAUUCGUUCCUUGAAGAGUUUUUAUAGCAAAGGUCAUGAAAGAUAAUUUGGUGCAAUUAAGAUUUUUCUCUUACAUAGUCUAAUAAUUGCACGGUUUUACAUUUUGAUUAUUGUGGAGAAAAUCACAGAAUUUAAGAAAUACACGGACUUUGGAAGUUCAAAAUUUAUCAUUUUUGAAGAAGCUAAUUUAGAAUAGGAUUUGAUAACUAAUUUGGACUAUUCAUCACAUUGGUGGAUAUAAUAGUUCAAAUAAAUUGCUGGAUUUCAUAAAUAUCUAACCAAAAUAUUUUUUCAGUCAUACAUUGCCUGGUCAUAAAACAAAUAUUUUACAAGAUUUCCAGUCAUUUCUUCCAAAACGCUAUAUCUGCAUACUAACAUUUCAUUAGUCAUGUUUCUCUUCUGGGAAAUGUGUAUUUUCAUUUAACCUUUGGAUUUACUACUACUAUAAGAUUAUAUAUUCAUGGUAUGAAUUCCUUUAAAGAUAGUAUUGUUCUCGGACCUAUAUCCAUUUCACCUUGUAUAUGCUUGACUCCAGUUCAGCAUCCAAUAGUUGUUGAAGGGAUGAACAAAAUACAUUAACUAUGUAACAAAACAGUAAGUAUACAAAAAGUAAAAUAUGUUAACUUGUUCUUUGCUUUAUGUAAUUAGCUUGUCAUUAAUAUUCUAAUGGGUGUAGCUGUAUAGAGACCUUUUAAAAAAACCAAAUAUAUUCAUAUAAACCCAAA